UUCAAACCACCAGGUGAGCUCAGGUAUCCCUUUUCCCCUGGAAAUUGUAGUUGCACCCCGACAUCACCAGGUGCAAGUCUCUGCUCCUGACCUAGUUGUUCAUGGAAAUCAGCAAUUUUGUGGAUCUUACAUUGGCAAUGGAUGCCCAUCAGAAGCCUGACGUUCCCGACGAUAACGCAACCGAGGUAGCCAAGCCGCAACAUGACAUCACUACUGAGAAUGUAUAUGCUAUGCCAGAGCUAAUGGCUGCUGCUAAUCACUCUCUUACUGGUGAUGAUAUACUCCAGCAAGAAGAAUUGCAUCUAGAAUCCGCAAACAGUGAUGCAACUAGCUCACUACAUGUAUCUGAAGAUCUCCAGGUGACGGAGCAGGGCCCAAUUCUGCAUGAACUGGACAGUGUUUCUUUUGAUGUGUGGCAAGAUACAUUAUUGCCAAUGUUGUCCAUUCUGGACAUCUUUCGGCUGUGUGGAGUUUCGAGGAAUGUUAAGAAGCUGCUGCUCAAUGAGCACACGUUUAAGCGUCUAUGUCAGAGGCGGUAUCAUCUCAGUCCUAACUUGGAAAUGUCGUAUAUUCGAGCUGCACGAAUUCUCUACAUAGCAGACAGUGUGGCUAGUAUGCAUCAUAGCCCGUGGGAGUGGAUAAAUGAUUUGCUUGUCGAAAGGGCUAAUCGCCGGGUUUUCGACCAAAAGGAUACAUUGCUAAAGCAAUUAUCGACUCUGGCGUUGAUGGCACCUCCAACUGCGGGUCAGAUCACAAGCUGGACUUUCUCUUGUUUGCAGAGUGAACUGGUGAAAGUCGACUUCUUAUCUGUAGAUGAAGCGUGUGAAAUUCUUCCAAACGUUUCGCGGAAGUUGUUUGGGCCAGAUUCAUUGGAUUCAGACGAAGGCAUGAACACGGAUGCAUAUAGAAUAGAAGAUUUGGUUUCUUUGCUUCUAGAAAGGUGUGGCUCUAUUGAAGAGAACCAAGAAGCCAUGAUCGAACAUUUGCACGGCGAUAUCUCAACGCUAGAAUCAUACUUGCCCUAUGUGUACCGAUCGAGAAGGCUUGUUGACAUUGCAAAAUGUUUUUACAGCAUUGCAAAGCACGACAAAAGUGUAUUCACCUCCCUGGGCACAGCAUGGUUAUGGGCAUACCUUUAUGUGCAAUGUCUGCAGAUUCCAAACACGUAUGUAUGGACGUAUAAUCCUUUCGUUCAUUGGGAUUUCGUCGAUGUGAGGAAUUUUGAUCAAGAAGAUGAUGUGAUGAUGACUAGAAAUUGGAUAUACGCCAUCGGCAAGCUCGCAACCAAACAUUCCGUUCUCAAGCUCCUGAUAAUGGGAAGAAUGCGGACGGUUCAUGUCGAGGAUUAUUUCAUGGCUGUCAUGGAGUAUGAAGAGUUCUUGAAGGGAUUGCCAAAGUCCAGUAUCCCUGAUUGUGCAACUCUCUACCUACAUUUGGGAAGUUACCUACAACCUGCCUCACAAGGAUCACAUUCCAGAACAGAAUGGACAGCAGACGAAUUGUUCAAAGCCAUGGAGGGCUAUGGCAAGUUGUUGGCUACGAAAUGA